CCGUCGCCUAAGAGGAAAGCCCCGGCUAUGGAGGCAAGGAAGGAGCCACCUGCGGCUCGACUGCCGCAGUCGUCGCACAAGUUAUCCUUGCGGCAGCCCUUGGGUUCGCUCUUGGCCAAGUCUCUGCGGGUCACAAAGAUGCUCAAGGACCGGAAGCCAAAGCUCAAUGCGAAGAAAUUACAAGGAGGCGAAUACCGUGACCAACCAGGCGCAAUCACAGCUCCAUCCGGAACCAGCUUAGAAGUUCCCGGAGGACACGAUCAGGCGGAUACCAAAGAAGCAGCCGAAGGGCAGCAAAUCCUCACACCAGACGUCCAGCAGAUUGCCUCGAAAGCUCGGAGUUCACGAUCGGCGAGAGUCACCAAGAAACAGGAGGACAUCGGAGACAUCCGACAUCUCGUGGACUCCCCGCAGGCGGCAAGAUCACCGAACAAACUGUCAUGGCACGAAAUGCUGAUUACUAGAAUUAUGUUUUUCUUAACUCUGGUUGCCUUAACUUUAAUCAUCAUGGUACUUAUCUUCAGACUCCACCAAUCACGCUCAGUCUCGCACUCUGAUGUGUGUGACACCGAAGACUGCCUCGAUUAUGCCUACAGAAUCACCCAGAUGCUAAAUCGCAACCUGAAUCCUUGCAAGAACUUCAGCGCUUUUGUCUGCUCGGCCUGGACAGAAAAUAAUCAGAAUAUCGCCGCAGGAAGCGUAACAGAUGGUGUCAUCCAAAAAUGGUUGAAAGAAAUCACCAGCGCACUACAAAGCGAUAACUUCAACGCUUCAGUCAUCGAGGCCGGCAACAAGGCAAAAGCAGAAUUCGCAUCGUGCAUGAAUAGGACACACGAGGACCAAAGGGAGGUGCUGUCAUCUUUGCGGAACUUUAUGACUCAGAGAGGGCUGUCCUGGCCCGACAAAUCUCCGGCGAACGUCAGCGCUCUUCACGUGCUUAUAGACCUUGAUGUCAACUGGCUCGUUCCCUUUUGGUUCAGGGUUCAUAUCUUGCCGACUUAUGAUUCCCGUCCCAGGGCUAUACAGAUCAGUCCAUCAGCGCUUACGCGCAUUUGGCACCUGCAACAUCGAAGUGUGGCCCAUUACAGCGUGACAGCCUACGCCAUCUACUGGAGCUUCGUGUUCAGCCUGCUUGCGCAAGAAAAGGAUGCCUCACUUUACGCAAUCCAAGCCAAGCACGAUUUCCAUCUGCAAGAGCAGGUUGUGAGCGAGCUCCAAAGAGAACCGAUUACAUGGGAGCCUCACGUGACGUCAAUAAAAGAUUUGCUGCGAUAUCAAGACUGGCUGACAGGAUUAAGAAAGGUGUUUGAAACCGCCCUUCCACUGCACGCGGACGUAACGGUCUAUAUCACCGAUAAAAGGCACUUCGACAGAAUGAGCAGAAUUUUGGAACGCUUCAGUAACGAUCAGUUAAUAGCCCACAUAAGCUGGUGGUUCGCUCAGUUCGGUGGCAUUAUUGCAAUAUCGGAAGCGCUGGUGGGCUUCUAUGGCAGCCGAGGCGAGGCGGCCCAGAAGAGAGUUGACUUGUGCGCGAGAGGUGUGGAGUCUGUGUACUACCCCCUUUUAACGAGUACCUUCGCAAGAAAGUAUUGGAAGAGAAACGACGAGAAGCGUGAACAAUUUGCUCGGAAAAAUAGAGGAGGCAUCCAUUGCCAGGGUUUCGUCUUCGAAGUGGAUAGAGGAGGACGUGCGAAAAAAGAUCAUAACAAAAAUCAAGAAUGUGGUUACAGAAGUGUGGCUCGAAAAAGGUUUAAGUUCGGAGAGUGUCACGGAAAUGUACAAGGAAUUUCCGAACAAGGCAAAUUCAUUUCUCGAUUUCUGGAUCAAAACCCGUAUCGCAAUGCGACGUUACCUGUCAAGAACAAGAUAUCGGCUAUCAUCUUUCUCGAAACUGGAGAGUCACCGCUUAUUUGAGUAUAAUUAUUACCUGAACUCCAUCUUGAUGCACCUGACAAUCUUAACACCGCCACUGUACUACUUGAAGGGCACAAAAUCAAUG